UUACUCAAGCAGUCGCAGUAGUGCGCCAGAACGUUCAAAACCCGCUCGUCGCCGAACACACUCUUUCGAAAAGUCCUACGCCCAGAAUUCUGGACCUGUAAUCGUUUCGUUUCCGAAUUAAAAGGGAAAACACGCGUAAAGAAAAUCGACCCACAGCAGCCACACACAUGUUCGGCUACUUCAUGACGGAACCGGAACACGCGUGAGAUACCGAAAAUUUCCAGUGACCCAAACGCGAACGUUAACGUUUCGAAAGAAAUAUACAAACCAUAUAAAAUAUUAACUGAACCCGCGCCGCACACAUGACAACUGCAUUGACCAUGGUGAAAACGGGUGGUAAAUACGCCAACGAGAAAUUCCUCGGGACGAGGCAUGUGCAGUGCAUCCUGUGCUUCUUCUGCCUGGCGAUGAGCUACGCCUGGCGGGUGAACCUCAGUGUGGCCCUGGUGGCCAUAACGGACAACAGCACCAUCCUGGCCCAGAACGCGACCGAUUCCAGCAACUCCGGAUUCGACCUUUUCAACUCCAAUCGUUACUACAACUUUACCAAUGCAGAGAAGGGCAUCCUGCAAUCCAGUUUCUUCUUCGGCUACAUAGUGACCCAAGUGCCAGGAGGCUAUUUCGCCCAGCGCUACGGAGCCAAGACCAUGCUGAUGUACGGACUGGGCAUAGCCGCUAUAAUCACGAUGCUAUCGCCGCUGUUUAUGCAAUUCGGAGUGCUCACCUUUGCUGCCAUGCGAUUUGUGAUGGGUCUGGCCCAGGGUGCAGUGCAUCCGGCCACGCAUGCGCUGUUGGCCAAGUGGUCGCCCGCCGACGAGCGAGGAAUCCUGGGAACACUCUGCUACUCCGGCGCCCAGUUUGGCACGGUGGUGAUGCUGGCCACCAGUGGUUUCAUCGCCGACUCCGUUCUGGGCUGGCCGAGUAUCUUCUACCUGGGCGGAGCUGCCGGCUUUCUGUGGAUGAUCUUCUGGUACCUGUUCUCGGCGAGCACGCCCGAGGAGCACCGUCUGAUCUCGCCCGAGGAGCUGAAGUUCAUCACGGAAUCGCGCAGCGAUGGCAAGAUGCAAUCCGCUGAGAAGCUGGCGCCCACGCCAUGGAAGGCCAUCUUCAGCUCAAUGGCCUUCCUGUCCCUGCUGGUGGUGCACUGCACCCACAUGUUCGGCUACUGGCUGCUGCUCAUGCAGAUCCCCACCUACAUGAAGAAGGUCUACGACGUGGAUAUCAAAAAGGGUGCGCUGCUCUCCUCGCUGCCCUACAUGACGAUGCUGCUGCUGAGCUUCUUCUUCGUCUGGCUGUCGAAGGUGCUGCAGAGGAAGGAGGGAAUGUCGCUGUCCUUCAACCGGAAGAUCUUCAACAGCAUUGGCCACUGGAUACCCAUGCUCUCGCUGAUCGCCCUGGGCUAUGUGCCCACCGACAAUGCUCCGUUGGCGGUGACGUUGCUCACCUUGACGGUGGGAAUCAGUGGAGCCACCUAUCUGGGCUUCCAGGUGAACCACAUCGAUCUGUCGCCGAACUACGCCGGCACGCUGAUGGGUCUCACGAACGGAGCGGCCAAUGUGAUGAGUGGGGUGGCACCCUUGAUCGUGGGACAGAUUGUCGAUGAUGAAACGAGUGUGACUCAGUGGCGUUGGGUCUUCCUGUUGGCCGCCACCUUCUACUUCUUCGGCAAUCUUCUGUUCGUGAUCUUCGGACGCACCGAGGUGCAGUGGUGGGACUCCCCGCGGGACAACAAGGAGGAUGCGGAGCAGGGCACGCCCCUCGCGCCGAAUGGCCAGGUCAAAUAGAGGCUGGCACUCCCCCACCGCAUCCAGAAUCAUCCGGGCUGUUGUUUCUUAGUUUCGUAGUAGUAGUUAGUUAGUUAGAGACCAGACGAGCUGAAAGUUAACUUUAGUGACGAUCGCGUGCUUCCAUUAGCGAUAUUAUACGGUAAUUGCUUAGUCCUAAGGCAGCGUAAAUUAUUAUUGUUUGCAGUAUUUUCCGUAAUGUACAUAAUCAAAAAGAAAAAAAAAACAAUCCCAUUAAACUUGCAACUUGACAAAGCGUUCAGUGUAAAUAGGGACAAAGCCCGCGACGAGUGUAUUUGCUGCUGCAACAUCAACUCCUGUAAUUGUUAUGUUUUAGUGUUAAGUUAGGCAUUAACAAAACCAAUCUUGUGAUGAAAAA